AGAGAACAGAGUUAGAAAUCUGACGUCUGUCGUCUCAGUUCUUCGUACUACACGGUACGGUCGGGUAAAGGAUUUGGUAGUGUGACGGUUAUUUAGUGGUUGUAUGGUUAUUUUGUGAUGUGUGGAAAGUGUGUUGGUGUUUUAAUUUCACCGAGGAUGUAACCAUUACCAGAGCGUGGUGACGAGAGAGGGAGAACAUGCCUGCCAACAGGACCUCAGCUAGCAUCGGCCGGCUGCCUACCGGUCUCUAAAUGUUUCGCCGUGGAGGGCGUUGGAAAGGACAUGGUCAUGCUUCGUGCUUGUACGACGAGACCGCACUCGGUGCUGCUUGCGACCUGCGCGUUGAGGGGAACUCGUCAUUAGUCUCGCCCUCUGAGUUCCUGGCGCUGCCGUGGUGACUUCACAUUGAUGAUCUGAUUGUGAGGAUAGAGCGAUAAACGUUGCGCAGUUCGCGAUGGACGGCAGCGUGCAGUCGAGCGAGGAGCUAGCCCUGGCGUCCGAUGUGUUCGACCAGUUCUGUGGGGCCUCGACCCAGAAGGCAAUCUUGGGACUUCACCGACACCUGUGCGACCUGCUGCACGUCAAGCCUACCAACUUUCCCAACUUCUACCCCAAACUCAAGUCGAAACUGCGAUCGUGGAAGGCCCAGGCUCUGUGGGCGAAGUUUGACAAGAGGGCUAGCCACAAGUGUUACAAUCGAGGGAAAGCAUGUCCAAACACCAGGGUGCUGAUCAUAGGCGCGGGGCCGUGCGGCCUGCGCACGGCCAUCGAGGCGCAGCUGCUCGGCGCGAAGGUGGUGGUCGUGGAGAAGAGGGACCGCUUCUCGCGCAACAACGUGCUGCACCUGUGGCCCUUCGUCAUCGCCGACCUGCGCGCGCUGGGCGCCAAGAAGUUCUUCGGCAAGUUCUGCGCCGGCGCCAUCGACCACAUCAGCAUCAGGCAGCUGCAGUGCAUCUUGAUGAAGGUGGCGCUCCUGCUGGGAGUGGAGAUCCACGAGGGGGUCGGCUUCGAAGGCCUCGCCGCGCCUCCGGAGGACCAGUCCAGUGGCAAGAUUGGCUGGCGAGCUCAGGUCAGCCCGCCCGAUCAUCCGGUCGCUCAGUAUGAGUUCGACGUGCUCAUCGGGGCGGACGGCAAGAGGAACACUUUGGAAGGUUUCAAGAGGAAGGAGUUCCGGGGCAAGCUGGCGAUCGCCAUCACGGCCAACUUCAUCAACCGGCACUCUGAGGCGGAGGCGAGGGUGGAGGAGAUCAGCGGCGUGGCCUUCAUCUUCAACCAGAAGUUCUUCAAGGACCUGUACGCGGAGACUGGCAUCGACCUGGAGAACAUAGUGUACUACAAGGACGAGACGCACUACUUCGUCAUGACGGCCAAGAAGCACAGCCUCAUCAACAAGGGCGUCAUCAUUCAGGACUACUCGGACACGGCGAAGCUGAUGGGGCCCGACAACGUGGACAAGGACGCGCUGCAGCGGUACGCGCGGGAGGCGGCCGACUUCUCCACCAACUACCAGCUGCCCGACCCGGAGUUCGCGGUGAACCACUACGGCCAGCCCGACGUGGCCAUGUUCGACUUCACCUCGAUGUUCGCGGCGGAGAACGCCAGCCGCGUGGUCGAGCGCUGCGGGCACAAGCUGCUGCAGAUCCUCGUGGGCGACAGCUUGCUGGAGCCGUUCUGGCCGACGGGCUCGGGCUGCGCGCGCGGCUUCCUGAGCUCGCUGGACGCGUGCUGGGCCGUGCGCAGCUGGGGGUCGGGCCGCGCGUCGGCGCUGGAGGUGCUGGCGGAGCGGGAGUCUGUGUACCGCGUGCUGGCCCAGACCACGCCCGAGAACCUGCAGCGGGACGCGGCCGGCUACACCCUGGACCCCGCCACCCGCUACACCAACCUGAACACGCGCUGCGUGGCCCCCGCCCAGGUGCGCGGCUACUUCCACUCGGACGACCCCGACGCCGUGUCGCAGCUGGCCUCGGCCGUCGUGCUCGAGGCGCCCAAGAAGAGGAGGAGGAAAGACUCGCAAGUGCACCCCGACACACUGCUGCACUGGCUGAAGAAGCAGGUGGCGCUGUACGAGGGCGUGCGCGUGGACGACGUGGAGGGCUCGUUCCGCAGCGGCGUGGCGCUGUGCGCGGUCAUCCACCGCUACCGGCCCGACCUGGUCGACUUCCACGCGCUCGACCCGGCCGACGUGGCCGGCAACAACCAGCUGGCCUUCGACCUGCUGGAGCACGAGCUGGGGAUCCCCCCGGUGAUGACGGGCCAGGAGAUGGCAGACUGCAAAGUCCCGGACAAGCUGACGAUGCUGUCGUAUUUGUCGCAGAUCUACGACACCUUCCGCGGCGAGAUCCCGCAUAUCAAGCAUCCCAGGCUGGAGUCGGAGCACGCCCCCGCCAAGACGCACAAGCUCCCGUACCAGCCGCCGCGCCAGGCCUCCAAGGAGCAGGCCUUGAACCUGCUGAGCCGCGUCACCGCGCUGCCACGCCCCAGCCCGGGCCGCAAGCGGGCCUCCGCGGACCGCGAGCCGGACCCCGCCGCCUCCGCCGCGCGCGCGGACACCCUGCGUCGGCAGCGCAAGAGGCGCAGCGUCGACCGGGACAAGCUCACGGCUAGCGAGCGCCGGCGGAUCGUAGAGGAGAUAGAGCGCAACCGCGCGGAGCGGGCGAUGCGCAGGCGGUACCUGCGCCAUCUCGCCAACCAGCAGUUCCUCAAGAGCAUGCAGAUGCUGCAGACGAACGACCGGCGCGACCCCGCGCCCUUCGAGGACUACUCCCUGUUCGUGUACCGCCAGACGGCGCCCGCGUUCGAGGACAGGGUCCGGGACAUGGAGCAGAAGAUACUGUACCCUGACAGGGAGGCGAGGCUGAGGGCCGAGAUAGCGGAGAUCCGCAAGGGAGGCGUGGACGAGGACCUGUCCGGCCGGAUCAGGAUCCUGGAGGAGAAGCUGAAGGGCACGCCGGUCACUGAGAAGAAACCCCGCGACCUCUACCGGGCGAUCGGAAAGAUAGAAAAGUCGGACUGGAACGUGAAGGAAAUAGAAAAGAAGAUACAGGAGAACAAGAUGGGUCGAACGGCCAAGCACGACCGCAAAGAGAAAGUUCCCAAGUGGAGCCGAGAGCAGUUUGAUGAUAAGUUCCAGGCGGUGAAGAUGAAGCUGCAGACCAAGAGGUCGGACUUCAGCCCCGGGGACAAGCACGCGGACGUGGACCAGGCCCUGAGACGCGUCGACAAGAAGCUGAGGGACGGCAGCGCGCUGGACGUCGGGCCCAAGGUCUCCGCCAUGGCCGAGCAGUUCGCCGUGAGGACCCAGGAGCCGGAGAAGCAGUCGCUGCAGCGCUCCAAUUCGAAGGCGGCGAUGUUUGCCGUGCCGGCGCAGGGUAGCUCGGAGAUGUGCCACUUCUGCGGCAAGAGGGUGUACCUGAUGGAGCGGAUGAGCACGGAGGGCAAGUUCUUCCACCGAGGCUGCUUCCGGUGCGAGUACUGCAACACGGCGCUCAGACUAGGCAACUACGCGUUCGACAGAGACUGCAGCUGCGGCGGCAGGUUCUUCUGCAGCCAGCACUUCGGCAUGAAGGGGCUGCAGUGGAGCCGCGCGAGGAGGAAGAGCGAGGAGCUCAAGUCGGGCGUCGACAAGGAGAACAUCCCCGUGGAGACGUCGCCCAAGACCCCGGCCAAGGCCAAGUCCCUGUGCGACGACGUCCCGGACGAGUCUGCGCCGGCGGCCGGCGAGGCGAUGACCACGCCCGAGCGGAUAGAGUUCGAGAACCUGUCGGGGGCAGCCCUGGACGUGGAGGAGGCCCCCAGCGAGAUGGACGAGGACGAGUGGACCGACAGGAACUUCGGCGCGUCGGCCGCGGAGGGCUCCAGCGACUCCUCGUCGGACCUCAGUGACACGGACGAAGAGGCGGAAGCGAACGAGGUGUUCGAGGAAGCCAUUGACCAGCCGGUGCCCGUGACGGUCGAUGCGACGCGCCAGCUGGCGGAGACGUGGUCGCGCCGCUACUCCAAGAACAACACCGCCGUCGCGGCGGAGGGCGAGGACAAGCCGAAGAAACAGGAGGAAGAGAAAGACGAAGACGACGACGACGACGAUAGUGAUCAAUUUGAGUUCGAAGAUAGUGAUGGGGAUAACAGUUACCAUGAGUACGACAGUGGAGACGACGAGAGCGAGACGGCGACGGAGGGGGAGCAGGACGAGGCGGCCCUGGAGCGACGACGCCAGGAGGUGCGUCUCGAGGUGCCGCAGCUGCCCCGCGGCCGGAAGGACACCUACUCCGGCUCCGACACGGAGAUUGUUUCGGAAUCAACGUCCACCGAGUCUGAAAGUGACAAAGUGGAGAAUUCUGCCACAGAAAUUGAAACAGACUCUGAGUUUGAACACGAUGGCACCACACCGACCCACGAGAUUCCUGCCAUACUCUUAGACGACAGCAAUGUGACGAGGCGUGCGCAUCAGAUGAUAGAGGCCCCCAAGAAAGUUCAAGUACGGUCGGGACACAUUUUGCGCCCCAUAAACGGCACAGUUUCCAAGCCUCUUGUGCCUCAGUUGAAAGAACGCGACGAGGGCGUGAAGUUGAAGUUUUCUCCGCUUUGUCCGGAACCAGACAACAAAUCGACGAGCCUGUCGAACCUGACCGUCGGGAACAACAUCAUCAACCUGAACAAAAAACCCCCGGCGAGGACUCCUUUGAUUAAUCCCAGGCAGGGAGACUAUCUGCUGAACAGAACUCACUCCACGGAAGGCAUCGCUUCCAAGUUGUCCUUGGAACUGAAGAAAAAGUACUUGUUGGGAGUGUCGGGUCUGCCCGGGUCCGUGAAGAAGUCGGGAUCUGCGACGACUCUGGACUCCAAGGUGAAAAACUUCGUGGACAUGAUCUCGGAACAUCAGAAGCUGUUGCACCCGGCUCCUGAACCGAGCCCUACCAUGCAGGCUUUCCUUCAGGGUACGUCGAAGUUGUCCGUCGUCAACAAACCCCUUUCACCGACAUCUCCGACGUUUUUGGAUCCUUCGCUGAAGUUACCGCCACCGCCAUCCCAACAGACUUCCUUGUCGGCGAAGAAAGAGAAACCUCUUCCGUCAGCUGGCGUUAUGUUCGAACAUGUCUGUAAGCUUGGCUCUAAACAAGAAGUGCUGUCUGAUGUCGGCGGGAAAAGUACUCAUGAAAUAAACGGCACUGCACUAACUAAUGGUACUAAAAUAGUUAUACCAAAAGGUAUAUUUGACAAUGAACCAGUUGAAAGCUCUGUAACAGAUGUUUGUAACAACACAACUGCUCAGGACAGUUUGGAUGCAAGCCAGUUCGAAACUGGGAAUCACGAGGAGGCAGAUUGCCGUCCGAGAAGUCCGGCGCACGAAACAUCCAUCAUCGUACCGGACAUACCGUGGAAGAAACCUCUUGCAGAAGCCAAUGAAGAUGACGACAUAGAGAGUGAUUCGUUGUCUUCGAGUGAUAGCUUGAGCAACCUGGAUGAUGAGAGUGACGAUCACAGGAGUGGGUCGUUGCACGUCGGUGAACGGACAACACCGCGAGUCGAAAUACACGACACGAGCGGCACGCUGAUGGCGGAAGGAUCAUGUGAAGAACAGAAAUGUUCUAAGGACGUGAUGAAGGAAUCCACAGAGAAGCCCCUCAGUUUGGAUCUGUCAAAUCGUGCGAGUGCAGUGAAUUCUGCGGACUCAGUCGAUAGAGAGAGGAAGCACUCCACUCUGACUAGUGACCGAAGUAGUCCUUCAACGCCUCCCUCUUUGCGGGGUGAAGACUCCGAGUCUGUUCACAACGAAGCCACCCUUGCCGAAACGGAGCUGUCGGACUGGGCCCAAGACGGCGAUGCUCUUGUGUCUGAAGACCUGGAGGAUGUAGAGUUCAACAUCGAUCCUCAGUUCGUAACUUCACGAAGGCAUAGGAAUGUCAGGAAGGGUGGCAAGGUGCUGGGUGCGAGGAUAGCACGAGCUGAAGAGGAAUUUGGAGAUUUUGAUGACCCCGGCCAUGUUUGUAGCUUGUACAAAGAUAUUGUCUCGAACAACGCGACAUCACUUCUUUUAUCGAACGCCGAAAAUAUCGAGUACAUGGACACUGGGCCGGAAGAAGACAGCAGCACAGACGACGUUUUCGCCGCUACCAAUGAAAGCUUGCUGAAAAACAAAGGUUAUAUUCAGUUCGUUAAUUCGUUUGAUGAUGAAGACAUUUCAACACCUUUGGUAGAUGCUCAGACCAUUUCGACUGUGGCGAAAGCCGUGCCGGCUGUAAUCGUCACGGAAAGUGCGAAAGAUGGAGAAGACACGAGUGAGAGUCCGGACACAGUUGAGGUCAGUAACGUAGAGGCAGCGGGGGCGGUGUCUGCCGGAGAACUUGAAGGAAACACAACGGAAGAGACGACAACCAGCGGUGAAGUGGUGACGGUGAAAGAUAGCCCUUUAGAUCACGAGAAGUUUUACACUCCCGACAGCGAGUGUCCAAGAGACAUUGAAAAUGCUAGUAGUCAGGAGUACGAGGAUUACGUCAGACGUCUGCAGGGUCGAAUAUCACCUUUCAGUAAUGUUAGAGAUUCAAUAGAUGUUAGAAAAUCACGUCGUAAAAAUAAGCCUCCCGUUCAGCUGCCAGAUCUGAUCAGCGAAGAAGUUGCACAUGAUUCAGCCGAGCAACCAGCAUCACCACCGGAGACUGUAGAACUUGUUUCUCCGUCAAGUACCUCUCAGAAACUUGUGGAAAUUUCCCGCGAGAGGUCUAAGCAGAAAGAUCUCAUUCAUGAAAUGGUACUGAACAAAAUGCUGACCCAAAAAAAGAAUUCUUCUGAAAAGAAAUUUAAGAAGAACCGUUUGAUUCCGUCGCCUACGUCACCGAGCCCAGCCACGCCAGUUAAAAGUUUUUUCGAAACAGUGCCUGAAUUGUCCACUGUAGGAGGACAAGGUGAUGGGGAAAGUGAGGAAAAAUUGAAUAAUGUGACAGAGACUGAUAAAUUAAAUAAAGUUCUCAAAGACUUGGAAGUGCCUUUAGUCGAUAGUUUAGUAGACGAAGAUGCGGAGAAAUUUUACACGCCCAUGACGUCGUUCAAGACGAAAUUGCCUCAGUCGCAGAGGCAGCGUCCGUUAUCGGUUCACGCCUCGUUUACCGGUGGACAGCGAACGGACGACGCCGCCGACAAACCUUCCGUUCUGCCCGACACGCCUUUGACGAACCCGGAGGCGUUCUCCAUGCCGGACAUCAGGCGAGCGUUGUUCAAGUCCUCGGAGGAGCUGAGGCAGCUGCCGGUACCUCCGCCCAGGACGCGCCUGGACGAGGCGAGGAAGGCCACGGACCGCGACCGCCUCUACGAGGAGGCCCGGAGGAGGGCGCGGCUGAAGAGCGACGAUGAGCUGGGGCUGAGCCCCGAGAACUACGCGAUCGCCCUGCGGGAGAAGGUCAAGUCGUCGGCGUCCGGCAAGAGGGCGGAGAGGUGCCUCUCGGAGCCCGGGGAGUCGCAGACGCCGGGCCGGGACGACGCGGCGGAGGCGACCGUCACCGAGUCCCUGCCCGUCGAGCCCACCCCCAGGAAGUCGAAGUCGUCGUCUCGGCUGGAUGACGCUCCGCAAGCUGUUGCAACUUCAUUUAGUCAGCUCACGCCUAACGCGACAUUUUAUGUGGACCAGGAUGCUACGGUGGAUCCCCAUGGGAAGAAGAAGAAAGACAGAGACAGAAGAAAGAGCAUCAUUCAAGCAGUUUCCGACUUUUUCCACAAGAAGAGGGAGUCUCCCAGCAGCGCUUCGCCGCCGAAAACACCCGUCACCGCCAAAGAGAAGUUCUCAAAGUUCAAGUUCUCCAAAGGAAGAGACAAGGGAAAGUCUCCAUAUAGUUCGUGGUCAGAAGACUCUGAUAGCGACAAGUCCUCGCCCGGGAGCGCGGCGGAGCCCCCGGCGGGCGGCAGACCCGGGGCCCCCCCCGCCCGUCCCCCCUCCCCCGGCCAACUACGAGGGCAGCGCCGCGACGCCGCUCCGCGUGUCAGGCUCCGAAUGGCGCAGGAGAUUCAACGCCAGUUGGAGGAGGUCGAAGUGAAGCAGCGGCAGUUGGAGGAGAGGGGCGUGCGGGUGGAGAAGGCGUUGCGGGGGGAAGGCACAGGCGCGGAGGGGGACUGCGAGGAGGGCGAGCUGCUGAGGGAGUGGUUCGACCUGAUGCGGGAGCGCAGUGAGCUGCGUCGCUUCGAGCGGGAGCUGGCGGUGCGGGCGGAGGAGAUCCAGCUGGAGGACCGGCACGCCAGGCUGCAGCAGGACCUGCGCGACAGGAUGAGCAUAGACGACGGCAGCAAGACGAGCGAGGACGUGGCGAAGGAGGGGCGGAUCCUGAAGGAGAUGCUGGAGAUCGUGGAGCGACGGGACUCGCUCACCCUGCUGCUGGAGGAGGACCGUAAGAGGUGCGGCCCGCGGCUGUGGCGGGGCGUGACGUGGACCCCGACCCCGGGCCCCGCCGGGCGCUCCCUGGCCUGCCUCGCGGUGCUGCUCGUGGUCGCUUGGACCCUGUCCUACGUUGUAGUCGGCUCUGUCGCCUAGCUCCCCCGCUCCUCGCAUGGUGCUUGGUGGUCCCUCUCCUCCUCGACUUCCAUCGCUCCCGACUUGUGACUUUCGUUUUCCUUCUCGUUACUAACAUCAUUAUUUUGUGGUUUUUAGAACUUCAUUUAACAUUAAUUAACAUCAUCUACGAUUUACCUAGUGUAACGAUACUGACGUGUGCCAUAAUACGAGCGUAAUAAUUGUGUAGUUUUUAGUUAGUAGUAGUAGUAGUCGUGAUUUAUUUGUUACUACCAAGAACAUUGUUCUUACUGUUUCAGAGUACUUUUUGAGACUUUUGAUACUCGAGUUGUUUUCUUGUGUUUGUGUGUUUUAAUCGCUACUAUAACUGACGUGAUCUUGUUUCAGACAAAGUUCCAUGAUUUUUCUGACUGUUGGUGUUGAUGAGCGUAGUGCAUCAUCGGCUUGCGAAGCCUGUUGCUAACCUUCCUUGCUUGCUUGCCCGCCCGUCCUAGGGUAGGAGCGCACUCCUCGGUGUAAGCAGCGAGAGACCACCCCUCCGUCGUCACCUGUCACGCGGAGGCUUCUAGUAGUAGAGUGUCGGAUGCACGGGCACUCCACCUCGUUUCGGGUCAUUGCUGGGCUGAUUCCAAUUAUAACUGCCGGGUCAGGACUUGACUUAAUAUUCCGAUUUCAAUUUGGAUUUCGAUUUGUUGCGGCAACUUAUAAAGGUAUCCAAAUUUGUGAAAUAUCAUGUAAUUGUAAUAUAUACAAAGGGAGGUCAGUAACCAUAACUCUAAUUUUAUUUUGAAUCAUGAAUUCCCCUAUAGUGUUGCACUACUAAAGUUGUGUAGUUUUAGCUAUGAGACAUUGGUGAAGCAGUCUGACGCGGGCAUAAACCCUUCCGUGACUAGUCUAGUGUAUAAUCUAAUCUAUAUGUAUAUAUAUAAAAUUAUGCAGUUCACACAAAUCACAGUAGUUAGCCAAACAAUAAACAAGUCAGGAAAAGUUAACAUUUUUUUCUCUGUGAUUUUGUUGACAUUGUUAUUUCUACACACAGUAAAUUUUCAUUGAUUACACACCUUUAAAAAAAAUUGUAUAUCGUACUGUUGGUGAGUAAUAGUUUGCGAGAUAAACAUGUUAGCUUGUUGGUCUUGACGAUUAAAUAAAACAUUUUGAAUAUGACUAAAUGAGAAAAAUACAAAAUCUUAUAAAUGAUUGAUUCUGUGGGAAUCUGUGCAUUCCGAUAUCUUGCCAAUGCAUUGGGCACAUUUGGAGUGCGUAGGCUUGGCUACAUUUCAUCUCUUAAUCAAAUGAUUUCAUAGAUUUUCCUUUUGUUUGUUUUCCCAUGCUAAAUUUUUGUAUUUAUUCAUCUAUUAUGUAGUGAAUGUGUGUAGCAUGUACUUACAAAGCAACUUAGUACAUCACAAAGCACCAAAUGUUACUUAAAUCAUGAAGUUAAUCCGCAUUAUUAAUCAAAACUUAAACUCAAAUCAUAAAAACAUGAUUUUUGAAAAUAUUAAAUACCAUGAAUGUAAUUAACCUAAUUAGCUGUACCAAAAUGUAUGGACUAAAUAGAAUCGGAAAAAAUUUACUUUCUUAAAAUUUUGCAACUGUUAUUACAUAACACAUUUUUACAUUUUUUUUAACGUUCAAAUACUUGCAGGAUUAUUUUUAUUGAUCCAUUUAGUUAGACAUUCUCAUUAAAAAUUAUUGUAAUUUAAAAGAGAAUUAUUUAGCAGUUAAAAUUACUUUUUUUUUUUUUGUGAAAUAAGUAUUUUAGACCAUUUAACUCAUUUUUUGGUUGAAUGAUAUUCCAUCAUUAUGAAUAUACAAAUUUCUUAAAUAUAAAAAAAAAACAACACUGAAAUUGCCAGUUUUAAAAAUAUAACUGGCCUAAAAGUAAAACCAUAAAAUCUUAUCUGUAAUUAUGUAUCACACACCAAACCUAAAAGCAAGUAUGUGUAUAAAACUCCUCUGUCUUGUUGACAUCACUCCUCACGAACAUGAUCGCUGGAAACACCGCGUCACACACACUCAGGCGGUUUACCCUCUGCACAUUUCGUAGACUUUAUUGUAUUUAGUUCUUUAUUGUGUUUUUUUGUUUAGUUUUAUGUACCAUUAAAGUAAUUUACCUAUUUAAUAUGUGGUUUAAUCGUUGAAGCUGAUUAUUGAAUUUUGAAUUUUUGCUUCUAACAUGCUUGGUGGUCUUUCACGCUUUUUUUUUGUCAACAGUUUUAAUGUUCAUUGUUGCUCACAUUAUUAAAAACUUCGUGCAGUUACAGAUAAGCAAAUUUUGUUGCAAAACGGUCAGAAAAUAUCAUAACAUGUUUGGAACAGAAUGUAACAUGAGUAAAUUUAAGAUUGUAGGGAGGAAAAAAAAAUUACUGUGAUUUGUAACAUUGCAUGGUGUAGUAGAUGGCUGUUUUCCAUGGUGAAUGCUUAUGUAACAGUGACCUUUUAUUUGUUUUUGAGAUGUUAGUGCAUUGGACUGCAUAAUAUUCUGUUUUUUUUUGUUCGGAAAACCUUGAUGGACUAAUUGUGUACUGCAUACUAGUUAACUUUCGCAAAGCGCUUCUUUAAACGUGAUUAACUCUAGCACGAUUAGAAUGUAAUUCAGUAAUUGACUGUGUAGCCCUCAGUGAAAUGCGGACCAGAAGUCGUGCGAGAUGUGAGCUGGGGUGAGGAGCGCGAGAGAGAAACAGAGUGACAGGGAAAUUAAGGGCCGAGAACAUACAUGCAUCAGUGGAGCGUGGAGUUCUCCCUACGUGUACUGACCCCGAGUUUUGCAGAAUCAACUAAUUAUAAAAAAACAAGUAUUCGUAAACAAAAGGAACAGAUUGAACUAGGCUGGUGUUUUCUUUGACUUGCUUAUCUUGUAAAUUUCGGAUUGCACUGGCAAAUUCAAUGGCAUCAGAAGGCCACUUUCGAAGGGAAAAAAAAAUUGGAGUUGAUGGUUUUCCUUGAUAAAAAAAUUAACAUUAUUGUAAUCUCAUUUUCAUUGCUAUAAGCAAACUAAUAGCUUCUUUGUUUAAAUGUUGUUUAAAUGAGAUGGAAAGAAAAUGAGUCUUAUCUGCUUGCGCAACGCAGGGUUUGCAAACUCUCACUUCAAGCGCUGAGAAUCUCUAGAGGAACCCAGUGGAAAAGAUUUAAUGGGAGUGAACAAUACGUUUAGCUAUGAAUUCUCUGUCAAAAUUAAUUUGCGGAAUUUAAUUUUAGUCCAAAAAUAAAUCAGUGCCGAUAAUCCCACAAUGCGCUGCCUGCUGUUUCUAGUAACUUGUCUCACAAGACUUCUGGACUAGACUGUAGUCUGUGCAGUGGUGUCUUGCAUCCUGCAAUUUAUAGCUUUGUGUAUGUGGUCAUCUGGGUCUUCACUUGUGCUAAUAGAUUGUGCUUGGUUUGUUAACUUCUAAUGGUUUUGGUUGCAUGUUUCAUUAACAUAAUGAUACUACUACUUUUCAGAUUAUGUACCUAACUUCAAUUUUUGAACUUUCUGUCAUAAAAUUCAUUUCAUGUCAAACUAACUUAUUUUAAAAAUUUGCUAUGUAUUUUUUUUCUUAACUUCUGUGUAGAUAUUGACAAUGGUAUGUACUGCUGUACAAUGUUUGUAUAAGAUUUUUUUACAAAAACUAAUUUUAUUAUUUUACACUCAUUAUUUUACAAUUAUUUUUACACUUCAGUUUCAGUGUCAUAGCCAGGUUUUUAUUUUUCUCCUCCCAUAUGAGACUAAUAGAGGUUCCAUUGGUGACUUUUUAAUUUGAAAUUUUUAUUAUAAUACAAUUGUAUAGUCUUUAAAAUAAAUAAGUAUAUCAACAAUUGUGUGGUUAACUGUCGUAUAGUCUUGAUUAUGUAACUUUCUAGUAUUUUCAUAAUAUUUGGGGUUGGGUUUUAUUGUCUACACCCGCAGACACAAAGUCCCUUCCUAAUUUGUGCCUGUCAGUAUAAUCUUAAUCUGUGUGUAAAAUGGUUUUCGCAAAACCACGACUCAGUUCAAGGACAUUGAACUGUCAGUUGGUGGUAGGAUGAGCGUGUUGUUUCUUGUAAUGAAGUGCAAUUGGGCAUAAUUCAUUAUUUGAGCUAGUUCGAGCCAUCGGUACAGGCAAGAUUAUAUAAUGAAUUGCAAUAAAAACCGUAGUAAUAACACUUCAACAGAAGUCAAUACACCACAUAAUAUUGGAAUGCAACAAAACUCACUUGAAUUACUUAAUUUUAUCUGUUUCAAUAUAAAAUCCAUAAAUCUUUAGUUCCGGCUUUCAUUACAAAAUUUAUAUAAUAACUUGCAAAAAUUUAUUGAAUAUCUAUGCAUUUUUUACAAGUUGAAGAAUCCAAGAAAAAUUUUUUAAAAAACUUAACGGUUAAGUAAAUAAAAGCAGUGUCUGUCUGAAAUUAUGCUGACAUGGCUUAAGGUCUACAAAAAUAAUCAUGAGGAAGAUUUCAAGUUUUUUUGUCUAUGAAUGUUGGCUAUUGUAUGGAUAGGUAGAUUCCACAUUUCUUCAAAUCCGAUUCCAAUUCUAAUUCCAAAUAUUACUUUUUUUCUGAAUUAAAUUAUGGAUAUGAAAGCAAAAGGUUAAUCAAAAGAAUAACACUUAAGAAGUUUAAAAUAUACCUACCUCUUGUAUCAGUCUUUGUACUUUUUUACUAACACAAUUUACUUACAUUAACCUGAAUUUGAUCAUCAGGCACGACAAGAGUUCAGUGCGCAAUAAAUUUGACAAAAAAAUGUUACAUUUGGAAAGCUUGCAAGUAAGGAUGGGGCGAAUCCUGAUUUCCUCGAAUCCGAAUCCUAACUCGAAUCCUCGACUGGAAUUGCCGAAUCUCGAACCCAAACCCAAAUCUUUUAAUAGAUGAUGUCCACAUAUCUAAUGUAAGUGAGAUGUAUUCUGCUUGCACUAAAAGUCCCUUGACUUUCUCACUUGUAGUUUGGUACAUUUCUGGUAUAAGUGUAUAUAAAGACAACAAUUUUUUCUUAAGAAAUUUCAGUUUUAGUACAGAUUAGCGGUUAGGAUUUUUUCUAUAAAUAAGCUACAGGUCUGCGAGCCUAAGAAUUUUACUUCGAGCCGAGCUCGAGUUUUUGUGGUACAGUUACACUUUUGGGAAAUUAUUUUUAUCUUAAACUUAAUAUCAUGUUUGAAUAAAGUAUUAAAAUGAAGUGGGCUUAUUAAUUUUGGGUAACUAUUUACAGAGUGUGUUUACAUUUUGCACUGCUAGAAAAAAAAUAACAUUUUUUUUCAUUGAAUCUUACCUGUUUUUAUUGGUUCAUUAGUAACUGAUAUCAUCCAACUAACAUAACCAAGUAUAUGUUUGUGUAAAUGUAACAUAACUUUGGAAAAAUUUCACCCUUGUCAAUUUUUCUGGAGUCCUUACUGAGCUUCAACAAACUUAGCACCAAAAAUCAUGUUGUUUGAAAAGUACAUUCACAUUGUUUCAACAUUUCCACUUUUUAGCACAAUAAUUCUGAGAGAGAUUGUCACAGAGUAUUAAAUUCUAUUCUUUAAUCUAUCAUUCAGAACAAUAAUUUGUUCUGCACGUUCAGGAGUUAAAUUAGCUCUACGAUUGGAGAUGAGAUAGUGUUUCCAGCAGAAGAGAAGCGUCUAUCGCUGGCAACCUGCUUGGCUGGAAUGCUUUAGUAAAAUUGCUUAACCUCAAAAUUAGUGUCAUAAAUAUCUGUAACUGGUCAUUAAAGUUUAAUCAAUUGAAAGUAAUAAAAAUAAAAACAUUUUACUUCAUUCAAUUUACACUUGCAAAAAAAACAUACACACAUAAACCUACAUGGAAAUUAAAGUCUUUUUCAAUAUCCUGAAGUCUGAAAUAUGUUUACUCAUGUCAUUAAAUGUAGAGCUGUAUUGAAGAAGCCGAUUUUGCCAAUAUUUAGUUGAAUCGGCAUUUCUGCCGACUUCCGAUACAGUACGCUCGUUAAUUUUCGGCCGAUAUUACUGAAAAACGAAAGAGACUGCCAUAACCUAAAAAUCCACAAGUACCAUUUUCACUUUUCGUAGUAGUACUGCAUUCUUUCAGAUCGCAUUAUUUCUUAGUAACAUGUGCCAACCUUACAUAUGAAAGUUUAACAUCCUUUUUUUUUUUAACAAUGUUCUUUAAUUUAAUAUGUCAUAAAUAAAUAAUAUAUUACUAUCACGGUAAAUAUACAUCUCAGUUGUUACGGUAACUAUAGUGCAAAUAUGGUAGCUAUCAUGCUUCUGUAGUAAUUAUGGUAUUCUACAAAGAAUCUUUAGUUCUUUUUAUGGUAAUUAUCUUAAAAUAACUAUUGGGUUUGUACUGUAGUUAUGGUACAUCAUCCAUAUUUCUUCGUAUGUUGUUGUUCAUUUGUCUUUUCUUCAUAUUUACGUGUGCCAUAAGGUUUGUUUGACUCGAGGUCUCUUUUUGACCUGUCAACUCUCGGAAGCAGUAUGGCGGAUGGUCGUUCUACUCGCGGGGGCAAGUUGCUCUCAGGUCACUCAGGUCAUGCUCUCGAUGCUGCUCCUCUCGAGGAAGAGUUGCGAGGGCAAGUCGUCUGCUGGUUGUUUUGGCGCGACUUUCACGAUGGAGUCAAUAUGUUAUCAAGCUACAUUUGGUGAUGACGGUAAUAUUUUAAUAGAUGACGUUGAUGACGACAUUGAAGCGGAAAAACAUUACAAUAUAACUUAUUCGGCGUCCUUUAUUUAACAAUCAAAAGAUUUGCAAUAGUUUCCUAGUACAGGUUAGCUUAUGCAUACCACAGGCGGUUUAAAGUCAAAAAGCAAUAAUUAUAUAUUUUUUUUUUACCUUUAUCAAGCUCUCUCAUAAUUUGUAGUCCAAUAUAUGGUAAAUCAAUAGCUACUUCAUCUUUAGAUGAAUCUUCCAUUUCCAAACAAAUUUCUCACGAUGUCUGCUAUAUUUUCCGCCAUCAUUGUUUUACAACAAAUCGCGUUUUCUUCGUGUAUUAAAAGUUACCGACUCUUUUUGCCCUCAGGUCAACUCGCUCCCAACUCUUUCAACUCCCGAGGAGCGCGAGAGACCUUGAGUCAAACAAACCUAUUAUUUGAGACAAGAAGUUUCAGAAAAAAUUUUAACGGGCAUUAUAUCACACAUUUAAUGGCGUAAAUGACGAGACCUCGGGCGAUUUAAACGCUUUAUACGGAAAAACCUACCAUGCGGGACCUCGUAAGCGAUUUUUACUGUAUUUUUUUCCCGUAAAUAGUAAAAACCGAAUCCUUUGACGAAUCCUGUAUCAGACCCGCCGAACCUUCGAAUCCCUAGGAUUCUGCGGAUUCGGCGGAUAUUGGAUUCGGUCGCCCCAUCCCUACUUGCAAGUAUUGAUUCUUCACAUUAUUAAAUUUGUUGCAGUGUAUUUAAUGCUACACAAGUACCGUUGCCUUUUGCAUGUGCAGGGAAAAAAGAUUUACACAAAAGAAAACAGCACUACUUCAAGUAGUGCCAAAAUUUAUUAGCAUCGUUACUUCAAAACUGCUGUAAUUGAACAGCGUUACGUAUUUCGAGGGGCUGGAGUAUAACAUUUAGUUAUUUUGCAACUGCAUUCUGUGUGAGAGUACUUUCUUGAAAAUCUCAUGUGCUUGGUUCAUCCCACACCAAGCUAGCUUGGCUGCCUGAUAUGUUAGGUCAUUUAUAUGGGUUUUUUAAUUUAUGAAUUAGUUCUGAAGUACUAACGAUCUUUUGUUAUUGUUAAUAAUUUUUCAUUAGAUUUGAACAUGUCGCCAGUAUAAAUGUACCAAAGAACGAAAUAACUAAUUUUGGUUUAUGACACAUUUUAUGUAUUAUAACAUGACACCAUAGUACUUGAACUACUAAAACGUAAAAAUAUUGGGAGCUGAAUAAAAAAAAAUGUUAGUUUUUUAAUUUGUUUUGAGUGACAUUUAUAGUUUUUAAUUUUACUUAUUAAUGAUACCUGAUUAUUACACUAGUUUUAUAUUUUGAAGGGAAAAAAAUGAAAUUCGUAAAGCCCUGUUUUCCUCCACAUUUAUUUUUCUUAUGACUUUUCUCUGCAGGCAUUUAGCCACAUCUGUAUAUAUCAAUUAUAGACUGCUUUUAUUUACCUAGCUGUUCCAUAUUAUUAUUAUUUUAUUGACUUUUACUUUAAGCUCUAAUAAAUCCAAAUAAAAACCUAAACAAAAUAUUUAUGAUUUGAAUUUUACAUUUGUUGUACAAAAUAGUCAUUUAGGAGAAUUUUAUUGCAGUUCAUGUUUUUGCCUUAGUGUUUGGUGUUUUUCUGUGUAUUGUAGUGUUAUUUUGGUUUCAUUACUAUUCGUCACACAGUUUUCCUCUACUGAUGUAUUAUUAUUUUUUAAUGAUGCCAAGUCCGGCACGAAUCAUGUCCUUCGAUUUCAGAUCGGCAGUGGAAAAGGUUUUGAUAAAAAAAAUUUUAUUCACAGAUCUGUUAACAUAAUUCUCUUGCCUAUUUAUUAAAUGCUACACACCACCAGUUUGUUUUACCCAUCAAUAAGCAUAUUUGGUUUGGGCGAAUUGUAGAUGUUUUAUUACCAGUCUAUGUACGUAAUUCAUUCUGAAACUUUGUAAUGUGUGCGGUGGUUUCAUAACUGCAACAUUAAUUUCUGUGUAGCGUUAUUUUUAUUUUUUUUUUCAUUUAUAUGAGUUUUAUUAGUUGUUUAUAAGAUUGAAACAAUUUUUUCCAUUAUUACUGUGCUAGGUAUUUGUAGUAGUGUAAUUUUUUUCUUUCUGGAAAGUUUUUUUUUUUUUUCUAUUUUUGUAUAACAAAAAUUUGGUUAACUGCUUGAUGUAUAAUACCCACAUACUAAUUGUUUACCUUCGUGCUGUAUGAUUGUGGAAUAAGGUUUUGCUUGAUGUGUGUCUAACAACAUAUUAUUUUUUUGUUACUUUUUGUAGACAAGACAAAAUGGCUCUCUGUGGUAUGUAAAUUUGGUCCACCAAAACAAUCAUGCUUGUACCACUGUGAUUAUAUGGAAUUCUUAUUUGUAA